AUGGAUCAUAUACCGUCGUUGACCAAGUCCAUCAAGGGGAACACCGAACUGCUCAUUUGGGUCGACCUUUUCUCGGGAUAUGUGAUUGCAAAGGCUAGCUCCUCUCGGACGGCACAAACAAUAGCGGAGAAUUACGAAGAAUGUGUGUUUCGACGCUUCGGAGCUAGCGAGGCUAUCAGGCACGAUCGAGAACCGGGAUUUAUGUCCGACUUCUUUCGAGCCUUCAGUCGGAUCGUAGGACAAAAACAGCGUGCUACUAUGGCUUACAGGCCACAAGCAAAUGGAACAGUCGAACGAAUGGUGCAAACCCUGACACAUUCGCUCAAGAUAUUGGAUCCGGGGGAUACCCCAUUUUAUCUGAUUCAUGGGUGGGACCCGCGAUCGACUUUGGAGGCUACGCUACCAGUGGGGAAUACGGGGACACGAGAUCGCGAUCCAAAGAGGUGGAGAUACAAAAUCCAAAGACAAUACCUGCGAGCCCGAUCUGCAGUGAACGAUCGUUUACAAGCCGCGAUCCAGGAGCGAGCGGAUCGACACAACGAAGAUCUGGAACCACACGAGAUCGAAGUAGGAGCGCAAGUUUGGCUAUACCUGGACCGAGUUAAAGAAGGAUAUGCGAAGAAGCUAGCGCACAUGUGGCAUGGGCCAUUCCGAGUUGCGGACGUAUGUGGAGAUCAUGCUGUAAAAUUGGAGAUCGCUGGAACCCCAUAUCGGUUAUUUCCGAUUGUACAUAUAUCGAAGCUAAAAAAGGUAAAGACGUUCCCUGAACGCCCGAAGGAUCAGCUUACGAUAGAGGAAUCAGAUCGCUUGGAUUUCGAUGAAGCUCUGCUGCCGGAAGACAGUUGGGAUGGCGAUCUUGAAGAAGGGGAAUACGAAGUGGAGGCAAUAUUGGACGUGCGAUCUGGUAGAAAAACCCGUUAUGGGCGAGUACACCGGCAGUUUCUGGUGAAGUGGAAGGGAUAUCCCGAUCUAAGUUGGGUGGACGAGGCCGAUCUACGUUGUGGGGCGAUCUUGCAAGAGUUUGAGCGGAACCGAGUGAGUCGAAACCGUUUCGACGUAAUGCAGUCUCAUGAAGGCAAGUCGGACGAACCUUAA